UGGCGGCCGCUGGCCAGUGUAAGAUGGCGGCGGCGUUGGUGGCGGCAGUGGACGGGGCGGCUGGGCCUGGAACAGUCGGAGCAGCCGCUGGCAGAAGGAUGACCCAAGACGGGAAGCGGGCUGCUGAGCCUCGCCGGCUCCCGUGCUUGUAACUGCCCCAGCCGGACACCCCCCCCUUGACCUACCCGGUCCGUGUCUCGUUCCGGCUUGGCCUGACCCCCUCGCCCCUGGCCCGCUCCCCUUCAGGAUAGAUUGGAUUCCUUUCCCAAGCUCCCGGGGCUCAGGUCUUCUCCUGGCCCUGACCCGAGUCUCCGCCGGGAGGACUGGCUGCCCUUGCCUCAGCCCUUCAGUGAAUCAACCGACCUAUUUUCUCAGGAGCUCAGCCUGGCCCAACUUCAGUGAUAAAGAAGGAAAGGCUGGCUACGGUAAACAUCGCUCAAGAUGUCCAGCAAAGGGAACGGCGCAGAAGGCAAAACAGACUUAGCCAACGGAAGCCUGUCUAGCAGUCCAGAGGAGAUGUCUGGCGCUGAGGAGGGGAGGGAGACAUCCUCAGGCAUUGAAGUGGAAGCCUCAGACCUGAGCUUAAGCUUGACUGGGGAUGAUGGUGGCCCCAACCGUGCCAGCACAGGAAGCCGGGGUACAGAUACAGAGAGCUCAGGUGAAGACAAGGACUCUGACAGCAUGGAAGACACUGGCCAUUACUCCAUCAACGACGAAAACCAAGUCCAUGACCGCUCAGAGGAAGAAGAGGAAGAAGAGGAGGAGGAGGAGGAAGCGCACCCUCGGCGCCGUGUCCAGCGGAAGCGGGCCAACCGUGACCAGGACUCAUCAGAUGAUGAGCGGGCCCUGGAGGACUGGGUGUCUUCGGAGACAUCCGCCCUGCCUCGACCUCGGUGGCAAGCCCUUCCUGCCCUUCGGGAGCGGGAGCUGGGUUCUAGCGCCCGCUUUGUCUAUGAGGCUUGUGGAGCAAGAGUCUUUGUGCAGCGUUUCCGCCUGCAGCAUGGGCUUGAGGGCCAUAAUGGUUGUGUCAACACCCUGCACUUUAACCAGCGCGGCACCUGGCUGGCCAGUGGCAGCGAUGACCUGAAAGUGGUGGUUUGGGACUGGGUGCGGCGGCAGCCAGUGCUGGACUUUGAGAGCGGCCACAAAAGCAAUGUCUUCCAGGCCAAGUUCCUUCCUAACAGCGGUGACUCCACCCUGGCCAUGUGUGCCCGUGACGGGCAGGUGCGGGUAGCAGAGCUGUCUGCCACACAGUGUUGCAAGAACACGAAGCGUGUGGCCCAGCACAAGGGAGCGUCCCACAAGUUGGCCCUGGAACCGGACUCUCCCUGUACGUUCCUGUCUGCAGGUGAAGACGCCGUUGUUUUCACCAUUGACCUCAGACAAGACCGGCCAGCUUCGAAACUGGUGGUGACAAAAGAGAAGGAGAAGAAAGUGGGGCUCUAUACGAUCUAUGUGAAUCCUGCCAAUACCCACCAGUUUGCAGUGGGUGGACGAGAUCAGUUUGUAAGGAUUUACGACCAGAGGAAAAUUGAUGAGAAUGAGAACAACGGAGUGCUCAAGAAAUUCUGUCCUCACCACCUGGUGAACAGUGAGUCCAAAGCAAACAUCACCUGUCUUGUGUUCAGCCACGACGGCACAGAGCUCCUGGCCAGUUACAACGACGAAGACAUUUACCUCUUCAACUCCUCUCACAGCGACGGGGCCCAGUAUGUGAAGAGAUACAAGGGCCACAGAAAUAAUGCCACAGUAAAAGGCGUCAAUUUCUAUGGCCCCAAGAGCGAGUUUGUGGUGAGCGGCAGUGACUGCGGGCACAUCUUCCUCUGGGAGAAGUCCUCCUGCCAGAUCGUGCAGUUCAUGGAGGGGGACAAGGGAGGCGUGGUAAACUGUCUUGAGCCCCACCCUCACCUGCCUGUGCUGGCAACCAGCGGCCUAGACCAUGAUGUCAAGAUCUGGGCACCCACUGCUGAAACUUCCACUGAGCUGACGGGGCUGAAGGAUGUGAUUAAGAAGAACAAGCGGGAGCGGGAUGAAGACAGCUUGCACCACACUGACCUGUUUGAUAGCCACAUGCUCUGGUUCCUCAUGCAUCACCUGAGACAGAGACGCCACCACCGGCGCUGGCGAGAGCCUGGGGUUGGGGCCACAGAUGCAGACUCGGAUGAGUCCCCCAGCUCCUCAGACACAUCGGACGAGGAGGAGGGCCCCGACCGGGUGCAGUGCAUGCCUUCCUGAGGCCUCGGACCCAGGAGGGGCGGGCCGGAGCUGCCAACCCCGAUCCUGCCUGGACAGCCCUUUCCUGUCUCAGGCCCUUACCUUCAGCAGAAACGCACUUUGGACUUUUUGCUUUAGAUAAAAGAAAGACCUCCUGGGAGAAAGACAGACCGGAGGGGGCGUGAACCUGCGGAGUAGCUAGGAGUAGGAGCCAGGCCCUGGCAUGGGCUCCGCGGAGAGGUGCAGAGGGCUCAGCAGAAACGGCCUCUCCCCAAAGCCUUGUUUUUUUUUUGGGAGGGGGAGCCUAUUUUGUUAACUGGUUUGGGGUAGGGAAUGGGGUUUCCUUUUCUUUAAUCUCCCUGGUUUCUUGGGUGGGGGGCGGGGAUAACUGGCUGUUCAGUACCAAUGGGCCGGGGUGGGGGCGGUGGAUGUGCCGUUCUCUCUUUGGUUUAGGUUGUUGACCUUUUUCUUUAUGUUUUAAAAGUCUGUGACAGUUGCAUUCCCCUGCCCCCACCCCACCCCCGCCGCCCCCAGACGACCCCAUCCCAGGAUCCCGUUAUUCUGGGGAGUCCUUGGAGCCCCUAACCGCCCCACACUCUUCACUGUCCUUCCCACCCGUUCAUCCUCUGUCCUUCCCACGGUGUUUCACACAUGCCCUUCUCUUCAUCCCGUCACCCCUAACUAGGUCUGGUGAGGGGGGCUGGGGUGGCGGGAGGAGGGGCAGAAGUGGAGGAAGGAUAGGAAGGAUGUUACCUCUUCUGUUACUUAAAAAAAAAGUUGUUUGGUGGCAGCAGUCUCCUUGCCCUGUCACUGUUAGAGGCCUAAUUUUAUAUCUAUAAAUAUAUUAAAAAGCAAGUCAAACUUGGAUGUAGCACGUUAAAAUUCUUGUCAGUUUGAAUACCUGUAUGUCCUCCGUGACUGCAGGGAAGGGACUGAAGGUGGAGGGUGGGAGUCCUGCCCUCGCAGUCACACAGGGCCCAGCCCGCCCUCUGUUUGCGGCCACCAGAGAUGGGGGCCGACCCCUUGGGUUUUUGGAGGCUCCAGAACGGAAAGAUCCUCGAUUCUGCCCUUCUCUGCUUCCUGCCGCGGUUGCGGGAUUGGGAAAACGGAGUUCCUUUCAGUUCUUUGCCCCAGAUCUCCUACCUCUCCUUGGGUCUUGUGGGUGCUUCCAGGAUGCUCUCCCAACCAGAGGCUGGCCCGUCUUUAAAACUCGACUGAACUGUGACUUCAGGAAGGUUCUGCCACUGCAGACUGUCUCUCCUCAUACUGUACGUGACAGAGGACACGCUCACUCUUACCUGUAGCUGCUUGAUUCUCUAAGCCACCCACCCUGCCCCAGCAGCCCCCUUCCUCGCGGGAGGAGAGUAUAGCAGAGAAAGGCCUCCUGGGGUGGCCUCUCUAGCUGGUCCACCUCUUGACAUCUUGCGACUGAGGGACAAAUCGUUAAUCUAAGGAUGAAGAUAGCUGGGGCUUGGACACCUGUCUCGUCACUGGUCGCUGAAUGAAAGUCCUAAGUUGAAUCUUUGCCCUUAUUGCUUGUGCUGCUAUCCACCCCGCCCCCCCGCCCCCCCAGCCCCCAACCAGGGAUUCUGCAUCCUGAGGCGGCCCGAUUCUCCUAGAACAGGCCAGGAAGGAAGGGCAGAGUGAAGGGAUGGAAGGCACUCCUUCCUCCUGCCCCUUUUCUCAGCAGCUCUCAGACCAGAUGUCAGCUGCUGCGUUUCCUCCCCAAGGCGGGGACGCGCGCACUCCUGUUGCCGGAGGGGUCGUGGAGUGGCCUGAAAACCAUGCGCUCUGGAAUUGAUUGUGUAUUUUCUGUCAGUAAAGCUUUUUUUUUUCUUUU